AUUUUAAAAAAUUCUCUCAACGAUUACAUUUUGUUCUCUUUGCUUCGUUGUGAAAGUCCAAAUUCUAAUAUUCAUCAUCAUGUUUCGCUUGUUCUUAUUUGCUUUUAUCAUUCCCUUUGUGAUGUUGAAAUUUGAUGAAGCUAAUGCUCAACUUUACAAAAAAGUGGGAAAUCAAAUCUUACCUUAUUCGACAAUAUUUGUCGAUCCAUCCGGCCGAGACGGGAGUUUCUUAACCAUUCAAUCUGCCAUUGAUUCGAUACCUUCGCACAAUGAUCGCUGGAUCGCAAUUAGAGUGAAGGCUGGCACUUAUAGAGAAAAAAUAGGUAUUCCAAGAGAGAAACCUUACAUUAUAUUGAAAGGAGCAGGAAAGAGAAAAACUUUUGUUGAGUGGAAUGAUCAUAGUUCAACCGAUCAAAGUCCUACUUUUACAUCAUUGGCAAAUAAUACUGUUGUCAGAACCAUAAGUUUCAGGAAUACAUACAACGAUGAUAAUAACGGUGUCCAUGUAGCUGCUGUAGCUGCAAUGGUAAGUGGUGAUCAGAGCUAUUUUUACAGAGUUGGUUUCUAUGGUUAUCAAGACACUUUGUGGGACGAUAGAGGAAGACAUUAUUACAAGCUUUGUACCAUACAAGGUGCAAUUGAUUUUAUCUUUGGUGAAGGUCAAUCUUUCUUCGAGAGGUGCGCCAUAUCUGUUAUUGGUGGUGGUUAUAUAACAGCACAAGGUAGAGAUGAUGCAAAUGAACCAGGAGGGUUUGUUUUCAAAGAUUGUGUUGUGUUUGGAAGUGCAACAACUUAUUUGGGAAGGCCUUGGAGAAAAUAUGCUAGAGUCUUAUUUUUUAAUUCCAAUCUUACCAACAUUGUAGAACCUAGUGGUUGGAACACAUGGAAUUCUGAAGGCAAUGAGGAACUAACAACAUUUGCAGAGUAUGGUAAUUUUGGACCUGGUGCUGAUACAUCCAAGAGAGUGAGUUGGGCUAAGAAAUUGGAUUUAGCAACUAUUGAACAAAUGUCAAGUUUGAACUUCGUCAACACACCAGAACAAUGGAUUGGUACUCAACCAUUCUAAAAAACUGAUUUGGAAGUGCAUAUAAUCUGUAAAAAUAUUUGUUGCCCAACAAAAUUUUAUCUUUCUGAAUUUCUUUGUCUAAAUUUUUUUAUUAUUUAAGCAGCCAUUAGUAAAGUAUUUUUUAGCAAAUUCAAGACUUUUUUUGGGUUUUAUUAAUAAAAAUUUAGGAUACGGAGAUGAUACUCCAAUCUAAAGUAGACAUAACUUGGAGACGCCGUCUAUUCAUUGCUAUGUUAUUGUUCAUUAAGUUAAGUAAUAACAAAAGGAAAUUUUUUCCCUA